GUUUCUUUAUAUGUUUAUGCAUAUGGAUCAUCAAUAGCUUGUUGGAAUCAUUGUACAGUGAUUGCAAUUGAUGCAACUUUUUUGAAGUCAAAAUAUCGUGGUGUUUUAAUGAUUUAUGUUUCAAAGGAUGCAAAUAAUCAAAUAUUCCCACUAGCCUUUGGAAUUGUAGAAUCUGAAAAUAACAAUUCCUAUGAGUUGUACUUUAGUGAGCUUCGCAAUGCAAUUCGGAGCCGUGACAAUUUAAUUUUUUUAUCAGACAGGCAUCAAUCUAUUGCACAUGGCAUCGCAGUAUAUACUGAAAGCCACCAUGGGAUUUGUAUCUAUCAUUUGGAGUAUAACCUAAAGCGAAGAAAAGUGAAAAAUGAGAUCAUAAAACUUUUCCAAAGUGUUGCAAGAGUAUACAGGCGCGAAGAAUUUGAUCUGUACAUGUCAGAUAUAGCAAAAUUUAAUAAGAAGACUUUUGACUACUUGAUGGAAGAACCACCGGAAAGGUGGGCACGUUCUUGUAGUCCACGACGAAUAUAUGACAUGCUCACAACAAACAUAGUUGAGUCAAUGAAUUCUGUGCUAUUAGAAGCAAGGGAGCUGCCUAUAUUAAGAAUGAUGGAUUUCAUCCAAGUGAAGCUACAACGUUGGUUUUAUAAAAGAAGAGAAGCAAAAGGAACUUUUUAUGACGUUUCUUGUUGGGUAGAAGAGGAAUUGAAGAAAAAGAUAGAUUUAGCUUUUACUUUAAAUGUAUUCCCUGUUGAUUCAUGGCAUUCUAGAGUUGGGGAAGAAGGAAUUACUUUCUUGGUGGACUUAAACAAAAGAACAUGUGAUUUUUUUCAGUUUAAAUUUGAUGAAUUACCAUGUACACAUGCAAUUGCAGCUAUCGAGAAGAGAAACAUCAAGAAGUCCAAUUUUCUGCUCGGACUGGUACCUAAAGGAAUCUUGGCUGAAAACAUAUGA